UAUUGCAUCAACCGUAGACGUAGAAUAAAUCAAUCCGUCCAUUUCUUCCAUCUCAUCCGUUCAUUGUUACAGAAUCGUACCAAAACGGAUACAGAUGGCAUACAGAUCUGUAAAUUUUCUUCUUAAAUUCCAUAUAAAGUGUGUCCAGAAAUAAAAAUGUGAAACGCAAAGUGMGCUUGAUUUACUUAUCGACUAUUCCUGAUAUGGUACCUUGCCAUAAUGACACGAACGAAAGAAAAAAUCCUCCACGACAACAAGCCCCUAAACUCGACUUUUUACCAUCAUAAAUCGCACCAAACCACGUUGCUCAAAGGGUUGAACUCGUUAUGGGAAAAGGGCGAGCUUUUGGAUGUCACACUUAUCAUUGAAGGGCAGGUUUUUAAGGCUCACAAAGCUGUUUUAUCGGCAUGUAGUGAUUAUUUCCGUGCCAUGUUUACAAAUAACAUGUUAGAGUCGAGACAAGAUGAGAUUUGUCUCAAUGGAAUCACUGCUGUCGGGUUUCAUCAAAUACUCGAAUACGCUUAUACGUCAAGGAUUAUGCUUAAUUUAGGAAAUAUACAGGAUGUUUUGGAAGCAGCGUCGCAUAUUCAAAUGGAACCGGUUAUACAAGCCUGCUCCAAGUAUCUACUCUCGCAGAUUGAUAUCGACAAUUGCAUUGAUAUAGCCACAAUAGCCGAGAUUUACUCAUUAGAAAAAUUAAGAUUGAUGGUUUAUAGAUUUAUGAGUGAGCACUUGUUGGAGUUUUCAAAUUCUAAAGAGUUUUAUAGACUGACGCCGCAACAGUUGGAAAAUCUUCUGGCACUUGAUUUUCCGGUUGAUUGUUCCGAAGCCGAUGUUUUGAGGAUCGUUUUGGCCUGGUUUUUCCACGUGGAUACUUCCAAAAGGGAUCUACGAAUUUCUUAUGCCAUGCGAAUAAUUCAUUACAUUCAUUUCAAAGAAAUUUCCCGACGAAAAUUGGAUAGUAUCUUGAAUAAGAUCUUUCAGGACCGCAACUGCGAAUGGGAACUUUACAAAGUGAUUUUAUCAGAAGCUUACAUUCAAACUAACUCAAAUAAAAUUACAUCCAACUCAAAUUUACUCAACUCGCGUGGGAUGGAAUUAGCAGUAUUAAAAAUCGGAGGUUUUGGAAUCAGCGGAAUAACAAACGAAAUCACUUAUUGUUUUUCGAGUGAAAGAAAAUGGAAACAUUUGACAACAAUCCCUCACUUGGAACAAUGCAAUUUUGGAACAGCUGUACUCAACAAUGAAUUAUACAUCGUCGGGGGCUGUUUCAACCAAUCCUUGCAGGAAAAUAUCCACCCUUUUGGGUUCAAGUACAGUCCGAGGUACGAUAAGUGGUCAACAAUGUCUCCCAUGAAGAUCGAAAGGUGUCGCUUUUCAUUAAACGUCUUAGGCAGCAUGUUGUAUGCAGUAGGUGGCGCCAGUGAGGUUGAUGAGUAUGGCACAAGCACUUGCGAGUGUUACGACCCCGUGCUCGAUAUGUGGUACAUGAUAGCCCCCUUACCGGCUCAUAUCACCCAACAUGCGGGUGCGAGUUAUGAAUACAACCUCGAUUUGAAAUUAUUUAUCAGUGGUGGCAUGGAUCGCGACUCAAUCCAGUCAUCCAUGUAUUGUUACGUUGUAAAUGAGGAUAAGUGGCAGCAGUGUGCCCCUCUGAUACGGGCUCGAGCUGACCACGUGAUGUUGUCAAUCGGGGACUUUUUGUACGUUUGCGGGGGCUGGACCGAGGGUCCUGAAGGACGAUCGAGGAUUUUGGUCGAUACGAUUGACGUUUAUGACAUCAAGAAUGAUCGCUGGGAGGUCGUAACGACUGUACCAACGCCCCGAUACCAUGCGGGGAUUGUUUGUGUUGAUCAUAAGAUUUAUUUUAUUGGAGGGUUUUAUAGUGACGAUAUGUUUGAUAAAAGUACAGCGGCCAUAGAGUUUUAUGAUAUUGAGAGCGAUUCGUGGACGACGGAGGAAAAGUAUCCACAGGAUAUAUGGGAACACACGUGUGCCUCUUUGUUUAUUCCCAAGUGGAGGGACGAUAUGCAGGAUAUGCAGGUUAUUGCCAAAACGGAAAGUACGGUUUGAGUUUUUGUAUUUUUUUAUUUGUAUGUGUUUGGAUUUUGAGAAAAUAUAUUUAUUUUGUGAAUUA